CUGAUCGAAUCAAAUUUUGAAGUUGACGCGUGGUAAAUUAAAAUAAUCCGUCUUUAAGGGCUUUUUUCAACAGUGGCAAAUUUUCAAGAUUAGGAAGAGGCAUUUUUCAAUGGUAAUCACGGAAUAUUUUCUACCCCGAAACUGCCCAGUGUUCCAGGUUUCAUGUGGCCAGGUCUACCCCGAAUGGUUUCUCCAUCUAAAACAUUUUCUUCUGCAUUUUUCUUUCAGCUGGAAGAGGAGCCAUGGAGCGAGAAGCCAGUUUAGACCACGGGGAAUAUAUUCUGAGCGAAAAUGCCGACGUUUUGCGAUCCCCUGGCGAAGAAACGGAGAUGAAUGGAAACCAUUCACCUAGUCCUCCGCCGCCACCGCCGCCUAUUAUGGACGAAGAAGGCAACGACACUUCGAUAACCGGGCUCGUGGACCGCGUGUUGUCUCCUCUGACGAACCAUGCGCAGGAAACUCGGAACAGUAUCAUCAACAACGAUGAACACCGAUCCCGAGCCGGCAGUUGGCAAAACAACGUUGUCAGGGCGAAUGGAAAUGUGGGAUACGGAGAGUUGAACGGCGAUCUGGAAGUGCCCGACCAUCAAGAAGGACGAAAAAAGAGAAUGACGAGCAAAACGUACUUCAUCGUCAAAGAACUUCUCAUGACGGAAAGAACAUACAGAAAGGACUUGGAGGUUAUAGAAGUGUGGUUGAGAGAUGAACUGAUGUCGAACGACGACGAAACGCUGGAUGACGGGAUACCGCGACACGUGUUGGAUAGCCUCUUCGAAAUCCACGAGCCCAUCUUC